GAUUCUCGCGAGAUUAUGAAAGACUCAAAUUUCCGCAGAAUCGUGUGUAUCAGAAAAGUUUUCCAAAUGACCGCAAUUUCCGUAAUAUUCGUCUUAAUCAUAUCGAUAGUGAUUGUUUUUACAACGGGACAAGAAGAGGAAGAAGUCGAUUGCGGCCCAAUCCAAAAUCUGAGAAUAACCGAAACCGAAUUUCAUAUGAGAGCAGAUUGGGAACCCCCACUUGGGACGCAAUGCAACACUGAAUUAUUUUACGUAGUGUAUGGAAUAAACGGAAUAAACGAUUCCGGUUUCUCUGAAGAUAACUACAUAGAAUUAGAUAAAGCAAGCUGUACUUUAUACGAAUUUGCCGUCCAAUCUCGCUCGAUGAACGGUGCACCAUUAGAAUGGGUUAAUGCGACCAAAACUAGCAGAAUCGCAGGUAGCGGUCAAAUCGAAAACUUACAAAUAACCGAAAACAGAUUAACUUGGAAUCCCCCAGAAAAUUCAGACCCUUGUAACGUAAAAUACAUCGUGUACACCGAUCGCGAGGGGUUUGACUCAACUACAGAAAUAGUUUCACUCACAGAAAACGAAAUUCAGUUAAUACCUUGCGGAAAUCAUUUAAUUUCUGUCACAACAACUUUACCCGAUUUGGACGAUUGGAUGGCGGAACCCGUUCAACUAAGACAUCGAGGCCCUACUACAAAAUUACCCCCGAAUCAUUACUCAACGCGACCAAACCUAAACGGAGCCUUAGUGAAAUGGUACGAACAACCAGAAGACAACCUUUGCGAUUUCGAAAAAAUCGAGUUCGCUUAUAUUUUAACGACACUCAAAGAAACGAAUAACUUCAAUUUCCAAAGUUUCGAUAAAAGUGAAGAUUCGUUUUACAAUUUAAUUGACUUGGAGCCUAAUAAGGAUUAUUUGUAUAAAGCGAGGUGGAUAUUAACGGGCACUAACGGGGAUGAUAGCGAAUUCAUUAACUUUGAAACUCACAAUAUGGAUGAACCAUCGAUUCAUCCGGAAGUUACAUCGGACGGUAACGGUCUUCGCAUCCAAUGGGAUCAAUCAUACCCGAAUUCUUUCGUUACGGACCACAUCAUCCUAGUGAGAGAUAUGGGCCCGGUUCAUUUCAUCCCGGAGAGUUGCCACCAAGAACCAUUAUUCUGGAUGGAACAGAGAAAACCUCACGAAGAUUUAGUUUUAAUAGUACACCCAAUUUUUCCCAAUCAUAAUUAUUCGAUUGAAGUCGAAACGUUUUUUGGGAGCCUCAACGUUUACACGAGCAGUUGGGAAUAUUACAUAACGGAUAAGAGAGAACCCGGGGAAAUCACUUUUUAUUCCGAUACCCUUGAGUAUAAUAACGGGGAAUCAUACUUGGUGAAUACAAACAUUUUUUGGAAAAUUCCUUGCGAUGCUAACGGCCCGUUAGACGAUUUUUUAAUUAGAAUUGAGGGGAAAUUAGAGAAUCCCAAUUUAUCCACGACCCCUUCGUGUAAUUUAAUCGAAUUUACAGAGAGAUUUGAUUGCGAAAACAACGAGAUUUGCUCGAUAACUAUCGAUAAAUUAAUUCCUUUCUUUAAAUACACCGUUUUUAUAACGACAACUUCUUAUGAAUCGAAUUCGUGGUACAACGAAAUUAAUUGGGAGCUUUCAGAGUUGCCGGAUGCUUAUACCCCGCCAUAAUUAACUUAAAAAUUAAUUUAACUUAGAUUUGUAAUUAAUAUUAAGAAUUAAUUUAUUUUUUACCGUCAGCUCCAGG